UUUUUUUUUAAACUCUUCUUUCUUUAUUUCAUUCUUUUCGAUUGGUGAACCUUUUUUUUUUAAUAUGGCGACCUACUUUUCCUUGGGUCCAUCCUGGAAGCGGUCGCUUUACACUCCUGGAACACGAUAUCUUUUACGUCGAUCGUUAGCAAGUACAACAACGGAAUCAACGACAAGAACGACUAAACCAAACAAACCAAUGCUUCCGUCCUAUGACUCUAAAAAAGUAGAAGAAGGUUGGUACGAUUGGUGGGAAUCUCGCGGUUUUUUUACUUCAAGCAGUGCGGAUUACUAUCCUACAAAGAAUAACAACAACAACAAGGAGUUUACGAUGAUUACACCUCCACCCAAUGUUACAGGUUCACUUCACAUUGGACAUGCUCUCACUUUCAGUAUCGAGGAUGCACUUGUUCGGUGGCGAAGAAUGAAAGGCGAUAAUGUUAAAUGGAUUCCAGGAACUGAUCAUGCUGGUAUUGGUACUCAAUCAGUGGUAGAGAAAAUGCUUAUGCGGGACAGACGACAAACCAGGCAUGAUUUAGGUAGAGAAGCUUUCGUAGGUGAAGUAUGGAAAUGGCGACGAAAGUAUGGGGAUCAUAUUCUUCAGCAAAUACGACGUAUGGGUGCUUCAGUCUCUUGGAAUGAUACCUAUUUUACCAUUGACGAACCUCGUUAUCAAGCUGUUCAAAAUGCCUUUAUGCAAAUGUUCAAGGAUGGUCUGAUAUAUCGGGAUACAAGAUUGGUCAACUGGUGUUGUGCUUUGGAAACUGUGAUCUCUGAUAUUGAAGUGGAUUAUAUCGAUAUUCAAGGUAGUACCUUUUUACAACUACCUGGCAAAACGAAAGGCGUUGAAUUUGGCGUAUUGCAUCAAUUUACCUACCCCGUUGUGAACCCUUCUCCUGGUGGAAUUGAAAAGUUGGUGAUAUCUACAACAAGAAUUGAAACAAUGCUUGGUGAUUGCGCCAUUGCUGUACAUCCUGAUGAUCCUCGCUACAAGGAACUUCAUGGAAAACAAGUGUAUCAUCCUUUACUAAAAAAGACAUUACCUAUUAUAUGCGACGAACACUUGGUGGAUAUGGAAUUUGGAACCGGUGUUGUAAAAAUAACACCUGCUCAUGAUCCAAAUGAUUACGCCUGCGCCAAACGACAUAAUUUACCUAUCGUAUCUGUUUUUGACAAGCUUGGGAAAUUGAAUAAUAACUGCGGGAUAGAAGAAUUGGUUGGCCAAGAUAGAUUUGAUGUUCGACAGACUGUUAUCGACCGAUUGAAACAAUUGGGUCAUUACCAAGGCAAGGAUGAUAAACAUGCUAUGCGUAUUGCUGUAUGUUCGAGAUCAGGCGAUAUUAUUGAACCUUUACUUCAACCUCAGUGGUAUGUCAAAUGCAAAGAUUUGGCUUAUAUAUCAAAACAUCAAGUUGAAUUAGGUGCUAUGAAUAUCUAUCCUACUCAUCAUGUACAAGAAUGGUAUCGUUGGUUAGACAAUAUUCAAGAUUGGUGUGUUUCUCGACAACUCUGGUGGGGUCACGAAAUUCCUGCUUAUCAAAUUGAUAUACUAGAUGAUACAAAGUCGACAGAAGAACUCUGGGUUGUAGCACAGGACGAAGACAAGGCAAAUAUGGAAGCAACUGCUCUAUUACAGAAAAAGGGUUAUUCGUCAGAUACGCCAUAUCGCCUUUUGAAGGAUCAAGAUGUUCUUGAUACAUGGUUUUCUUCAGCUUUAUUACCUUUAUCUGCUUUGGGAUGGAAAGGAAAAUCGAAUGAAUUAUCAAUACCAGAACGAUACCCACUUCAAGUUAUGGAAACUGGUUUCGAUAUUCUAUUCUUCUGGGUGGCACGUAUGGCUAUGCUUUGCAAUCAUUUUGUCCAAUCACCUCCAUUUCAAGAUAUAUACCUUCACGGCAUGGUACGUGAUGCACAGGGCCGUAAGAUGUCGAAAUCAUUAGGAAAUGUGAUUGAUCCUCUUCAUGUCAUACAAGGUGUAGAUCUAGAUACUUUGAAAAGUAACCUCUACAGUGGCAAUCUACCAGAAAAGGAAAUCGGAAGGAGCAUUCGCAAUUUAGAAAAGGAAUAUCCAAAUGGUAUUCCCGCUUGUGGCACGGACUCGUUGAGAUACGCUUUAAUCGCGUAUACGCAGCAGACACGGCAAAUCAAUCUUGAUAUAUCCAAUGUGAUCCAAACAUCUUAUUUUUGCAAUAAACUAUGGAAUCUCUUCAAAUUUGGUCUUGGUCGAUUAGAAAAUGAAGAUUUAGGAUCUAAUCAUGCUCUUCCGGCAAUUGAACAACUUUCUCUUGUCGAUCGAUUUAUUCUCUCCCGGAUGGCCGAUACGGUGAUGAAAUGUCAACAAGGAUUUGAAAGCUAUCGACUAUUUGAAGCAGCCGAUGUCGUACGACGAUUUAUUGUGGAAGAUGUAUGUGAUGUUUAUGUGGAAUUCGCAAAGACAAAUUUGAAUAAUAAGGAUAUGAAUUAUCAUGAAAAGAUUUCUAUACUCUCUACAUUAAGGACUUGUAUGGAUGUAUCUUUACGUUUGGCUCACCCAUUUAUGCCUUUUGUUACUGAGGAAUUGUGGCAACAUAUGAAAGAAAGAGUACCAGCAAUGACAAGUGUUGAUCGACCUCCUAGUAUCAUGUUGGAACAAUAUCCCAGUCCACAGCUAUUCUCACAGCAUUAUGACGAAGAUAUUGAAAAACAUUUCAAGGUUGUUUUAUCUAUUAUCCAUGCGUCAAGAUCAUUGCGCCAAGGUCAUCAGAUUAGUAUUGGCAAGGAGCUACCAUUUAUCAUUUGGUGUGAUGAUACGAAGCUUCAUGAUCCUAAUGGACCUCUUCAACUUUAUUUGAAUGAUAUCAAGAAAUUUGUCAAGGCAUCAUCCAUUGAAAUUCAACAGCAAGAUAUACCAUCUACUGGUCAAUGGACUGUGAAAGUUAUCAAUAGUAAUUUGAAAAUCCUUGUACCCACUGAGGAAAUCAUUCGUGCUCAAUUAGAAAAAGCAGCUGCAAAUGGAUCUGAUCUUCAAUCUGCUAUCGCUAACAAGAAUAAAUUAUUGAACAAGAAAUUGAACAAAGCCAAACUGGAUUUGGAAAAAAUCAAGGAAAAAAUGAAUAAACCUGGAUAUGAUCAAGCUGUACCUGAAACCGUGAAGGAAAAGAAUAGGAAACGACAACAAAUGUUAGAAUUAGACUUAGAGACCUUAGAAAAUGAUUUGAAAUUGAUGUCUUUGAUAAAAAUAAACAACUUCUGAUUUUUUUUCGGCGUGUGCACCGUCUUUGAAUUUCCGGUUUCCUAUUUUAGAUGGUUUUGAAUGGGAAGAGGUGCCGAAUUUCUUUAGUCGGAAUCAAUUUAGUACUCAAAAC